CCUGCCGCGUCUUGCUCUAUCCACCGCGGUCACUACCACCGCCACUACCACCACCACCGCCGCCACCACUACCGGUAUUCUAGAUUUGGUCGUCAGUUAUCAACCGAGUGCGAGACCCGGCAUCAAUCAUCUAUCAACUUGCCAUAACGCAUGAAACCAAAACAAUCAGGCCCCAUACGCACUGCGACUACGUCACCAUACUGUUUCGUCUCUUAAGUUGGCCUUGGUGCCGACCACACGUGCGAACAUCAUGACUAGCUUCGCUUCCAAGAGACUCGCAAAGGAACUCUCCAAGCUGAAAAAUGGCCUUCCCCCAGGCAUUGACCUAAUCUCAGCCGACAACUUCGAAGAAUGGCUCAUGGAUAUACGAGUCCUAGACGACAACCCCAUCUACCGCGGCGAGGUCUAUAGACUCAAAUUCAGGUUUUCUCCGCAAUACCCCAUCGAACCCCCAGAAGUAACCUUCAUCAAGCAAAGCGAUCGCCCGAUUCCCACCCACCCUCACAUCUACUCGAACGGCAUAAUUUGCCUCGACCUCCUCGGAAGCCAAGGGUGGAGUCCUGUUCAAAACGUGGAGACGGUGUGCAUGAGCUUACAGAGCAUGUUGACGGGGAAUUCCAAGAACGAAAGACCGCCUGGAGACGAGGAGUUUGUCCGGAGCAAUAGGAAACGACCACGCGACAUCGACUUCUACUACGAUGAUAACACGGUUUAAGCGACAGUUCCCUCUUUGUUCACAAAUGGUGGUUUGCUUGCGAAGUACUCUGUGGUUUGCAUUUGGGCGUUGGGCGAGCUUCGCAAAGCCUGGAAUAUGGGAAUCAUAACGGUUUGGGUUGGCGUGGUAGGUCAUCGGCAAAGGAUUUUUUUUUAGGUCAAGAAAUGUUCUUCCUCAUUUCACCGAGCGUGUGACUGUAUACGAGGGGUUGAAACUUUCCCAAGAGGACUUGCUGUCAUGAGCGACAUCCCAUCUUAUCAUCUCGGCUGUUUGGCUAGAGCGUGUCGGUAUAAUCAAAUUGCGAUGAAGUGGAAAUAUCUCCGCAGAUGGUGGCAUUUCCUUCGUCGGCAAUACGAAGAG